CCGAUUGCGUAUUGUUGUGCAGGAAAUUUUCCCACAAGCUAGCCAGAAAAACACCAACCCUUCGCCGUUCUGCAGUCGGUCCGGAAAUCGUUAGGGAGAAGCACAUUUCCAUCCACCGGCGAUGCUGCUGCUACUCGUCAAGCGGACGCUACACAGCGCGACCGGCGGCGGCGCCGCCACCAAGCCGAAGGUGUCCGAGGUGCUGACCGCCUACCUGAAGCAGUGCAACGAACCGCCCUGGACGUCGUACUUCAUCAAGCACAGCGACGUGCGGAACGAUCAGUUCGGCUGGUCGCACUUCAACUGGACGCUCGACACCGGGGCCAACUAUCACAUCCUGCGCACCGGCUGCUACCCGUACAUGAAGUACCACUGCACGCGCCGCCCCUGGCAGGACCUGACGCUCGACGAUCGGUUCUUUCGCUGCAUCAAGGUGGCCAACCUGGGGCUGCCGCAGCUGUUCUACGGCCUUGCCGCCGUCUUUCUGAUCCGCCACGUCGAGCUGGUGCAGCUCGGCGACGGGCGGCCCCCGGUACCGAUCUACUUCCUGUACGCGGAAGACAAGGGCUCCCUGUACUGAACGAGGACGUGAUGGCUAGCAGCUAAAUAAAUUGACUACCAAAUAUUCAGUUUCA